AUGUCCUUCUCUCUCCGCGGUAAACAUGCCAUCGUGGUCGGAGGUACCGGUACGCUGGGCUUCCGUAUCGCGAGCGCGCUUGCAGACCGCGGGUCUGUUGUAACCAUCAUGAGCCGCAAUGCCGUUGAUGAUCGCCAAGUCCUUGAAUCCAGACUCAAACCCUUUGAGCCUCUCCCGUACAUGGAGAACUUCGAGGGCAGUAGGCGCCCAACAGAGCACCAAUUCAAACGCCUGGAUGUUCAAAGGAUAGACAUUUUCAAGGGUCUAUUUCCCACUCUAGGCCCCGUUGAUGUCCUCGUCAACUGUGCUGGCACCAGUCAAGCGUCGGUGCUCAAAAGAACCGGCGAAGAGGAAAUUCAACGGAUUCUUAACCUCAACCUCCGGGCGACUAUCCUCGCCUCUAAAUAUGCCAAAUUAACCCCUCAUGGUGCGUCUCACAAAGCAGUUACUUAUGUCCGACAGCAUCUUCUCACAUGUGCUCAUAGGAUGCAUCAUCAAUGUUUCAAGUCUUAUGGCUACCAAAAUGGGUGCUGGUGCUGCAGUAUACGCCGCUUCAAAAGCAGGUGUCAUUGCUUUCACCCGUGCCCUAGUCCUUGA